AUGUAUCGAACGUUGGGACAAAGAAAAAGCAGCAAGAUCUGGCGGAAAAACAACAGAAUUCAGCAGCAAGCAACAGCUCUCUUGCCGGCAAAGCCCUCUAAGGCACAAUCAGUGAAGUCGGCUACAUCGAAGAAAUCGUCAAGGAUUCAACUAGAACUUCAACUGCAACAACUGGAGGCUGAGCGGACACUGUUGGACGACAAGAGGAAGCUUAUCGAAAAACAAUACAGCGUACUGCAGGAGCUUGCGAAUCUUGAGGAUGACGAAGACAAGGACAUAGAUAACGAUGCAGUUGACGGUGAUUCGAUGGUGAAGGGUUGGCUGCUAGACGGAGUUAAUCCAGAUGAGGACGAUAGUACGGACUCAAGCUACGAGUACUCAAGCACCGAAGAUUCAGAAGAAGAAGAAGGCAGAACUGAUGCAUCAGAAGAGGAAGAGGAGGCAAAUCCGCUAGCCAACACCAGUAAUUUCAAACCAAUACGACGGUCAACACCCAGGAUUGAUCUAGAAAGCCAUCAGAGGAGAAUCGUUACGCGCAGCAACCAGUUAACCUGUGGCCUGUCUCGUAAUCAACUCGCGGCUCGUCAAGUUGUUGCAAGAGAUCUUCCUAUUUUCACUGGGAAUCCGGAAGAAUGGCCUAUUUUCUUUUCCACUUACGAGAGCACGUCCCGGAUGUGCGGCUACACCAGUGAUGAAAAUAUGAUUCGUCUAAGGAACUGCCUCAAGGGAGAUGCAUUCGCUGCUGUGAAAAGCUUCCUGUUCCAUCCGUCUACGGUAAAUAGAGCAAUGGAUGCUCUCAAGCUGAGAUUUGGGCAGCCACGCUUUGUAAUCCAGUCGCUGAAGAACAAAAUACUCGGAAUGCCUCCGCUGAAACCAGACUCAAUCAACAAGAUGAUAGACUUCGCGUUAGCGGUACAAAAUCUUGAAGCAACAAUUGAUGCCUGCGGUCAGAAGGAACUGAUGCGCGAUUCGUCUCUACUAAGUGAUCUAAUCGCCAAGCUUCCAGCUUCAACCAAGCUGGAAUGGGCGCGCCAUACUAGAUGUCUGCGGAAGGUCAACUUGGCGGCCUUCAGCAAAUGGAUUUACGGCAUGGCUGAAGAUGCUUGUUUGGUAGCCGAGCCAGUCAAAAGUCAGGAAGUGCAUCAGGAGGCACACAGAAGACCAAAAGUUUUCUUGAACACUCACACUGAGCAACACAAAACUUGGAGAAAUGAGGAUCAACAAGGUUCGUGGCGCAGCUCACCGAAAUCAACUGGAGUGAAGAGAAAAGAGUCGCAAUGUCGCAGAGGUGUUUGCGUUUCUCUUGCAAAAUGCAAAAGGUUUCAGGAACUCUCAUAUGAUGGAAAGUGGGCAGCGAUUCGCGAAGCUCGAGGUUGUAGGAAAUGUCUGAAGCAACACAAAGGAGGAUGUGAAUCGAAAGAAUGUGGAGUAAACGGAUGUACCUACAAACAUCACCCCCUGUUACAUAAGGAACUAAAUGCAGAGACGUCGGCGACUGUGAAGCCUUGGCGGGACGUGCAGUACAGUAACACACAUCAGUCAAGUUCAAGCUCCAUUUUGUUUCGAUAUAUUCCGGUCAUAGUUUACGGAAGCGGAAUCGUUGUACAAUGCUACGCCUUUCUAGAUGACGGAUCCUCCAAAACAUUCAUGGACGAAGAGCUAGCGAAGGAAUUGAAUCUUUCCGGUGAGCGCUACCCGCUCUGCCUCAAAUGGACUGGGGGUUUGCACCGUUCGGAGGAUGAGUCAUGUAGUGUGCAAUUUGAAAUGUCCGGAUUGAAGGGGAAACGUUUUCACUUCGAUGAUGUCCGGACUGUGAAGGAGCUGCAACUGCCUUGUCAAACGCUCAACAUGGAGCAAUUGCAAACCGACUACUACUACUUGAAGGGAGUGCCUGUGCAGUCUUAUCGAGAUGUUCGGCCGCGUAUCCUAAUAGGCGUUCAGCACGCCAAUGCUACCCUUGUAAGAAAGAGCCGUGAAGGAAAGCCUGGGCAACCGAUCGCCAUCAAAACCAAUCUUGGUUGGACAAUCUAUGGAGGAGCGCCAACUGAUCUAUCCAUAAACAUGGUCCACUAUACAUACCACGUUUCCUGCUGUAAUCAUGAAGCGGGAAUCAGCUCCGACAUGGAUUUGAAUCACGCGGUAAAAGACUAUUUUUCUCUAGAAAGCCUCGGUGUUGUAUCGCCAGCAAAGCAGGUCCGUUCGCGUGAAGAUGAGCGGGCCAUGAACCUUUUACUAAAACACACCCAUUACAACGGUUCCAAGUAUGAAUCGGGUUUACUGUGGAGACACGAUGACGUGCAUCUGCCAAACAACAAAGCGAUGGCGCUGAAACGCUUCAACCACCUUGAACGCCGUAUGGAACAUGAUUCCGAUCUAGCUCGAACAGUGAAGGAGAAGUUGAAGGACUACAUUGCGAAAGGCUAUGUUCGUAAACUCACUACCGAAGAACUGUCAGAAAGUCAUGAACGCAUCUGGUACCUGCCGAUCUUCUUAGUAACGAACCCCAACAAACCUGGGAAGUUGAGACUCGUCUGGGAUGCAGCGGCGACGUUGAAUGGAGUAUCUCUGAAUUCGGCAUUGCUCACUGGACCAGAUUUGUUGGAACCCUUGAUACACGUUCUCUACAAAUUCCGCGGGCGACGUUUUGCGAUUUGUGGUGAUAUACGCGAGAUGUUUCACCAGGUCGCAAUCCGCAGGGAAGAUCAGCACAGUCAACGAUUCUUUCUGAGAGGACUCGUCUCAUAA